GCAGGUAAACAAACACGCCCGGCCGCCCCCGCCCCUGCCCGUGCUGGAAGGCUGGCCGCGUGGCUUCAAGUACACUUUUAUGCAAUCCAGUCCGAGUACGAUUACACUGCGCCAUCACGAAUACAAGUACAAGUCCUCAGAUUGCAGCUGAACUUAAGUCCAAAUAAUCUCGCCGGACAACACCCAGGGCGAGUAGGAUGUCCCGGGCCGGCACAACUCUUCAGCAACAACAGUAAAUCUUAACCACAACAACUGUCACUGCUAAGUCAUGAGGGUGACCGGCCUUGUUCCUGCACGCUUCCUCACCCUGACCUCACACCUCGUCCUCCUCGUCACCCUCCUCAUGGCCAGGGAGGAGAACGUUCUUGCCUGCCUGCCCCUGGAGUACACACAGGUCGAGUACAACAGGAGGGAUGCAGAGUUCCUGGGAGGGCUGGUGGGAGGCAUAGCACUGGCAGCCCUGGAGCUCAUAGGCUUCAUCACGGGAGGCUCGAUGUUCGCCAGUCUACCCUCUAUAAUAUCUAUUGCCUGCCACAGCGGCGCCUCCGUCAGCCUGGCGUACCUGGUGCUGGAUGCCUGGGACUGCCGCCUCUACUGGUGGGUGUUCGCUCUCACUUCCGUCCUGCCGGCGCUCUUGGAGGUGGGCGUCAUCGUCAACGUGUUCAUGCUGAAGAAGAACGUCUGAGGGUAGGGAGGGAGGGACUGAAGGAAGUUAUUCUAAGGUAUGUUCGUCAAUUCACCCGUCAAUUUACGUUGAUAAAUUCUACGCUGGAAAUUUUUAAUCAGAGUGAAAUAUAACGUAAGUUUGUGCAUUUAGAGGGUACUUUGGUGAGUCCAGAAAGAAGAUAGAGGUAGGUAAACAUGUACAGAGAGAUUGUAUACUUGAAUUAGUGAAGGAAUUUGCAUGGAGAAGGUUAGAAUGGGUGUAGUGAGUUGAGUAAUUGUAAGGGUGUGGAGAACAGGGAUCUAGAUGGAAUGUUGGUAUGUGCAUGAAGACGGUACUUUUGUGUUUACUGAGAGGGAAAAAAGUACCUGAGCAUGUAGAGUGAUUUUAUUCAUGAGGCGCAAAGAAAAGUCAGUGUGAAUAAUUGAGAAUCAGUUAAAUAUGUGAAUAAUGACUAGAGCUGUUUGCCCAUUCAUUAAAUCAUAUGCUUUCUCAUAGCUGGCAGGAGUAAAGUCAAAUAGUUAAAUGAUAGAAAAAGUCAAGGUGGAAGGUUUUAAUUAGGCAAGUCUCCCAUUCUUCUUAUUAGUGUUUUUCCCACAUAAUUGAUCUCAUAGGAAACAUCUACAUUUUGAUAUUAAUUGUAUAUGACAUCGAGUUGAGUUUCUAGUCACAUGUACAUAGAAAACUCAUUGCUAGAAAUCUGUAACUCAAGUAAAAUAUAAUGUGGGUUUGUGCAUGGAGAGGGUGUUUCUGUGAGUGCAGAGAAGCAAAAGUAGCUAAAUAUAUUAAAAGAGGUUGUACAGAUGAUAUAGUGAAGGAAAUUUACAUGGAAAACGUUAGAGUGAAUGUGUUAAGUUAUUGGAAUAUGUUGAAGGGUGUGGAGAGAAGGAAGCUGAUCUCAUUGAAACUUGUACCUUCUGAUAUUAGUCCAUUAGUCUUAGAUGAGAUUUGAGUCCAGAGUUUCUAGUCCUUAGAUAUUAAUAUUAAACCAGUAAGUGUCCUUGAGGCUUAAGUAAAGUUUAGGUCACACUUCAACAUUUUCAUCGUUUCCUGGACUUUUUAUUUUUAUAUCAGCCGAGAAUGUUAUGAUCUUGGCAGCCUCUGGAGUCCUUAGGCAUAAGAUUUUAAUGUUAAUCCAGUAAGAAGUGCCUUUGAUUUAAGUUGAAUUUAGAUGACAAGUCUCGAGUUCUGAUUAUUUUCAUAGACACAAUUUUUAUAUUACUGUACCCAAGAGUUUUAAGAUCUUUGUAGCUUCUGGAGUUGUAGGUUAUAAUGUUGCUCUAGUUGAAGUGGACUUGAUUUAUAUGGACUUUGGAUGACAAGUUUAAACAUUUGAUUAUUUUUAUAGAACUUAUUUUUAUAUUACCCUAAAUUGCUAACAUGGUAGUAUCUGGAGUCUUUAGUCUUUAGAUUUUAAUAUUACUCGAGACGUGGCCUUUGAUUUAAGUGGACUUUUGGUAACAAGUCUAGCAUGCGAUUAUUUUGAUAGACCCAAGAAUGUUAUCAUGGUAGUUUCUGGUAGAAGUGGCAUUGAUCAAAGUGGACUUUGGGUGACAAGUCUAACAUUUUAUUAUUUUUAUAGAAAGUAUUUAUUUAUGACCCAAGAAUGUAAUCAUGAGAACUUCUGAAGCCUCUAGUCCUUAGAUUUUAAUAUUAUUAAAGAAGGGAUGUUGAUUUAGGUGGAAUUUGGGUAACAAGUCUGACAUUUGAUUGUUUUUAUAGACAUUAUUUUUGUAUUACCCAAGAAUGUUAUCAUGGUAGCUUCUGGCAUCCUUAGAUUUUAGUGUUACUCAAGAAGCUAGUGGCCUUGAUGUAAGUAAAGUUAACCCGGUAGCAGCGACGGGCCAAAUUUGUGGCUUUAUGGUGUAGCAGCGACGGGCCAAAUUUUCGCCAUGAUAUAAACCCCCAAAAAUAGAUGAUGCAUAAACUGAUCACAAAUGCGUUGAUAUAUAUUAUGAAAUGGUUUGCUGAGGGACAAUUUUUUCUCAUUUUUCUCACUUAAGAGGGAAGGGCCUUUAAGAAACAAGAUCCCUGCAGCUACUGGGUUAACCAACAAUUCUAACAUUUCAGCAUUCCAAGGCAUUAUUAUUUUGUUUUAGUAUCAGAAACCUUUAGUGAUAUAAUUUAAAUGCACAAUCAACCAUUCCACUAAUGCCAUUAUUAUAAAAAAAAUUUACAACAAAGGAGACAGCUCAAGGGCACAAAAAAAGGAAACAAUAAAAAAGCCCGCUGCUCCUACAAAAAAAAUAAAAAGAGGUGGCCGGAAGAGAGGUCAAUUUCUGGAGGAUGUCAACUUGGUGCCUUAAUGAUAGAUAAAUAAGGAUUGGAAAAGCAUGUAAUGACUUGUUUAGAGAGAGAGAGAGAGAGAGAGAGAGAGAGAGCGCGCUCCACCACCACUUCCCUUUCCAAUACUUCUCCUUUCCCCAUUCUCUGCUGUAGACCACUCACCUUCCCUUCCUAUCUCUGCAUUACUUCACUGCUUCCAAUAAUAUUUUUCAUGUUAUUAUUUACAGUCAGGUUCUUAUGUGAGUCUUCAUUUCCUGACUUCCUUUUGAACAAGCACAUCACCAAUUACCUUCCCAAUUCCACUUCUCCUUUCCCCAUCCUCUGCUGCUUCGCUGAUCACCACUUUCUUGCCACCAAUAACGCUUAUUAUCCAGUUUGCCUUUAAAUUCAUGAAUCGUUUUUGCACACACAGUCUCCUCGUCAAGUCCGUUCCAUGUUGUUAUGCUUCUGUAUGUAUGUGUGUGUGUGUGUGUGUGUGUGUGUGUGUGUGUGUGUUCAGGUA